UGGUGCUCUCUUCCAGCGUGUUCCCGGAAGUGGCUGCGCUGGUCCCGAGCAGUGUAAACUGUGUACUCUCUGGCACAGCGCCCCGGGUUGUUUUCUGUGGUAUGAGCUCUGACAUGUCGUCGCUAGAGCAGAGACUCUCCCGGAUCGAGGAGAAGUUGAAGCAGGAGAACAUGGAGGCCCGCCGGAGGAUCGACCUCAACAUCGAAAUGAGCCCCCAGCGGUCGCGGCCGAGACCGAUUAUCGUCAUCCAGCUAAGCCCUGCUCCAGCCCCAUCCCAGCGCGCAGCCCUGCAGCUCCCGCUGGCGAACGAUGGAGGCAGUCGGUCCUCUUCCUCGGAGAACUCUCCUCAGCACAACUCGCACCCCAGCCGGCCCAGGCACAUGCUGACCUUGCCCACCCCUCCUUACUGCCUCCCGAAGAGCCUUGAGAAUGCCGAGAUUGACCAGAAGCUACAGGAGAUAAUGAAGCAGACCGGCUAUCUGAAAAUAGAUGGGCAGCGGUACCCUGCGGAGGUGAGCGAUCUCCUGAACGAGGGGGAGAUCGGCAGUGGGACGUGCGGGCAGGUCUUCAAGGUCCGCUUCAAGAAGACGGACCACGUCAUUGCGGUGAAGCAAAUGCGUCGGACCGGAAACAAGGAUGAGAACAAGCGGAUCCUGAUGGAUUUGGAUGUGGUGCUGAAGAGCCACGACUGCCCUUACAUCAUACAGUGUUACGGAGCCAUCGUCACGAAUACGGACGUGUUCAUAGCCAUGGAGCUCAUGGGCACGUGUGCGGAGAAGCUGAAGAAACGAAUCCAGGGCCCCAUUCCAGAGAGGAUUCUGGGCAAGAUGACCGUGGCGAUUGUAAAGGCAUUGCUGUAUCUGAAGGAGAAGCACGGAGUGAUCCACAGGGAUGUGAAGCCCUCGAACAUCCUGAUCGACGCUAAGGGCCAGAUCAAGCUGUGUGACUUCGGCAUCAGCGGGCGGCUCGUUGACUCCAAGGCUAAGACGAGGAGCGCUGGCUGUGCUGCUUACAUGGCUCCUGAAAGGAUAGACCCUCCAGACCCCACCAAACCUGAUUAUGACAUCCGAGCGGACGUAUGGAGUCUGGGCAUCUCUCUGGUGGAGUUGGCCACAGGGCAGUUCCCCUACAAGAACUGCAAGACGGAUUUCGAGGUGCUGACCAAAGUGCUGCAGGAGGACCCCCCUCUCCUUCCCACCGGAAUGGGCUUCUCCCUGGACUUCCAGUCCUUCGUCAAAGACUGCCUUACAAAGGAUCACAGAAGGAGACCAAAAUACCACAAACUACUUGAGCACAACUUCAUCAGGCGCUACGAGGUGCUGGAGGUGGAGGUGGCAGCCUGGUUUCAGGACAUCAUGGAGAAGACGGAGUCUCCUCGCACCAGCCAGUGUUACACCCAACACCAGAUGCUGUCGUUGUUCAGCAGGUAGCCAGGGGGCGCCAGAGAGACAGCUGCCAGCGCCCCGCCACUCAAAACACAGACUGACUUAACACGACUAUCAGCGACAAGAUGAAACAAAACCGCUUCUUAGUAAUUCAGUAUUUUUUUUAUUUUUAUUUUUUUAUAUUUUGCGGUUAUGAUAAGCUACAGAAGAAUUGUUUUUUUUUAAGUUUAGGAUGAAUAGGGGGAGAAUCGACCUCCUUUUUUUUUUUUUUUUU